GGCGGUAAGAAAUUGAAAAUAGCAGAUGCGCGGGCUGCGUUUUUAGAGCUAAUGUCUGUGUAGCUCAAUUUAAGAGGCUCGAAUUUGCAGUUUUGUGUUUCAACUUGUAACGUUUCGCGGUUUUCUCAACUUUGUGAGUGUGCUAGACGGAGAAUAAACUCCAAAAGCUACAAUCUGCAAAGCUACAAUUCAGCCUGAUCUUCAUCUGAUUAGAUUAAACCUCCAGCUGUGUUCGGUUAACAGUGCAGUGCUUGCAGCUUUGUUGCAAUGAAUUCUGCCGAGACGAGGUUUGCCCACCUGUUACAACCUAUCCGGGAUCUCACAAAAAACUGGGAUGUUGAUCUUGCCACUCAACUUGGAGAGUACCUAGAGGAGCUGGACCAAAUGACUAUCUCAUUUGAUGGAGGCAAGACAAUGAUGAACUUUGCUGAAGCAGCACUUUUAAUUCAAGGCUCUACGUGUAUCUAUGGUAGAAAGGUUGAACUACUUCACAGUUUGGUGUUUCAAACUUUAGAUUGCAUCUCAAACAAAAACAGCAGACGGGAUAAACAAGGCACUUUAUCUGCAGAUGGUAUAACUGAUGGCACCACCACAGACAAAGAUACAGAUGACUGUGAGUUUGAUGUGGUGGGAGAAGGGCCAAGUACUCAAAGUGUGGAGAUGAAAUGUGAUCCAGCUGAACCAGUCAAGAUUGUUCGGCUCCCUCCUGAGUCUCUGAUUGCCGCAGAGGCACAUGAAAAGCAAAAGUAUCCACUUCUCAGUUUUAAAGGAGAGGUUCUUGGUAGCUGUAAAGAUUUUCGGAUCAAUAACUUCACUCAGGACUCGAUGGGAAUCAUGCGCCUGGGUCUGUGUUUCUCUUGUGUUCAAUUCCACAAAGACGCUUCAGGGCAGGGCAGGGCUAUUGCUGCUGUUGAUGAUUAUGAGGACGAUGAUGAUGGCCACAGUGGUGAGGAGCCUGGUCCUCUAAUAGACAACAGUAUGAAAGUGGAACCAGAGUCUGACAAUCAUAUCAAGAGACAUCAGGCUUCCUGUGUGCAGAGAAUGCUGCGUGAAAGGCCUAUUCCUGAAGAGACCAAGCAGUUACAGGAAACUGUGAAUUCUUGGGAAUGGCAUGAUCCCUAUGUAAAUAUAGGAGAAGAGAAACCUCUAAAAACAGGGAAAUGCUACAAUGUGCCUGCUGGCCUUGAUGAAUCAGGCAAAAGAAAAAGGAAAGGCACAUCAAAAAUACAGGACUUUGGGGGGUGGUGCACAGGUGCUUAUGGGAGCAUAGACCGCAAGCUUAAGAAUGGACCUUAUUAUCCUGAAUUCAACUACAUCUACUUGGACAAGAUGAGUCGGCGGCUUAAAUUAAAGAAGAUGAUUCUAAGAAAAAAGGGUGUGUACAUGUCUGAUGACAUGCUAAGAAGAACUUACCUGGAGCUGGAGAAUCAAGAGUUAAAAGACGAGGUGGUUCGACAUCCAGACUUGCAUGAUGAUGACUUUACAGAUCAUGACAUUGAGAAUUUAGUGGAAGAUCAUGCACCUGGAGACAUUAAUAAUGAGCAUGAGCCAACUUUCUCUGACAUACAGAUGGGCCGGAUUAGUUAUGAGGACUUGGUCAAAAAAAGUGUGGAGUUGUUCCUAGCCAACUCUCAGAAGUAUGCUCAGGAGACGGCUCUGUCUCGCAGGGUAAAGGAGUGGGAGGAAGAGAUCAACCCUCGGCUCUUGGCUCAGGAGGAUGGAGUGGUUUUUGACAUUCAUGACUAUGGGGACCAGAUCGUUUAUGCACUUGGUGCUGUAGGGACGAGGCGAUCAUUUGCAUCACUUGUCAAAGGCAUGGAAAACACAGAAGCCUGUAGAUACAUGCUGGCUUCUCUUCAGCUGGCCAAUGACUACACAGUAGAGAUCGAUAAGAGACCUGGACUUGACGAGAGCUUAGACACCAUUCACCUGACGUUACUGACCAAACAGAGGGCACAUGAACGUCUCAAAACCUACAGUGCCCCCUUGGAGAUUGACCUGCCCUGACCUUUUACAAGUCUUUAUCUUGGCUCACUUCCUGUGUAAGAUUAGAAUAACACAGCAAAAAGAUGUUUGUACAUGUCACUGAAACGACUUGGAUUAGAUUUGGGCCUUUUGUUUGAACUUAUUUAACCUGUAAUUAUAUUAAAGUGCAUACUAUUCCUA